AUGGGUGACAAGACGGGACUGCCGUCAUAUGCUGAUGCGGCAUCGGCGUCACCUCCCCUAUCAGUCCGACUUUCGCACGUGCGCCGUCGUGGACGCGUACUCUACCGCUCACGCACGGCCAGACUUCUCAUAAUUGCCUGCGUGGCUCUCGUGACUCUCGCCCAAUGGAAGCAGCUCUGGCACACGGAGCGUCGCGCCCCCCAUCUGUCGCUCGAGAAGCUCAACGCCGACUUCGAGACGUGCAAGAAGCUGCAAGUCAAGCCCAAGGACCCAAUCGGUCUCGGACGUGAGAAGAACUCUCGCUACGUCGAUGGAGGAAAGCCCACGCUUAUCAAGAACGCCACCAUAUGGGUCGGCGAGCCCGUUGCCGGCACUAGCGACGAGGAUGCCCGCGCCGGACGCGGCUGGGAGUGGACGCGGAGCGACGUGCUGCUGGAGCGUGGUCUCAUCACGCAGGUCGGCGAGUCCCUAUCUACCAGCCGGCUGCCGGCAGACACGGUCGUCUACGAUGCCGAGGGCCGCCAGCUCACGAGCGGCAUCAUCGAUAUGCACAGCCAUGCGGGCGUCAUGUCGCUGCCCUUUCUCAAGGGCUACGACGACACCAACGAGAUGUCGGACAACCUGACUCCCUGGGCUCGCUCCAAGGACGGCCUGUUCCCCCUCGACCCGCAGAUCCAGGUCAUCAAGUCGGGUGGCGUCACCACGUCGCUCGUCCUGCCCGGCUCCGGCAACAGCAUCGGUGGCGAGGCCUAUGUCAUCAAGCACGCUGUCGGCAAGGACGAUGGGCGCCCCGAGCUCAGCUUCGAUGAUCUGCUGGCUGAUCCCGACCACACCUGGCGCUACAUGAAAAUGGCCUGUGGCGAGAAUCCCAAGCGCGUCCACGGCAGUCGGACGACUAGGCCUCUUACGCGUAUGGGCGAGAGCUACGACUUCCGCCACGCCUUUGAACAGGCGCGCGACGUCGUCCGCCGCCAGGAUGACUGGUGCGCCAAGGCCGAGGCCCUGGGUGUCGAAAGCGUGAAUGAUUACCUGCCUCAGGAGAUCGCCUGGGAGUCUCUGGCCGCUGCCAUGCGUGGUCAGGUUCACAUCAACACUCACUGCUACACGAUCCCCGAUCUCGAAGCCAUGGUCGACCACACCAACGAGUUUUCGUUUCCCAUCCGUGCCUUCCAUCACGCCCACCAAACCUACCUUGUUCCCGAGAUCUUGAAGCGCACUUGGGGCGGCCGCCCGCCAUCCUCAGCCCUGUUUGCCGACAACAUGUACUACAAGACCGAGUCCUACGUCGGCUCACCCGCGGCUGGGAAGUACCUCUACGACGCAGGGCUCACACCCGUCUACGUCAGCGAUAACCCGGUCCUCAAUGCCCAACACGUAGUCUUCGAAGCUGCCAAGGCCUACCACUAUGGCCUGCCCUACCAUGCUGCCCUGUCCGGUGUCACCUCGGCGCCGGCAGAUGAGCUCGGCCUGGGUAACCGUCUAGGAAAGAUCAAGCCGGGCUUUGAUGCCGACAUUGUCGUCUGGGACAGCGACCCUCUCAGCGUGGGUGCGGCCCCGGUCCAGGUAUGGAUCGACGGCAUCGCGCAGUAUGAGGAUCCCGUCGUGCUGUCCAAGCCUCUCAGCAAGCCCGUGGUUCCCGACACCUCGCUCGAGCCGCUGGACGAGGAGCCCGCCGAGGUCGCCGACGCAGUCUUUACCGGCGUGACGAAGGUCCUGCUGGAGGGAUACGAGGAAGCUGCUUCCGAGACGGGAGAGCCGUUCAACGUGGCCAUCUCCGGCGGCCGCAUUGCCUGCGUCGGCACCUGCCGGGCCGAGAUCGAGGCGGCCACCAGCGCGGGUACCAGGGCCGUCGAUCUCAAGAAUGGCUACCUGCACAGGGCCUACGUUGGCGUUGGCGGGACGCUCGGCCUGAACGAGAUCGACGCCGAGUCGGACACGGACAACGGCGGCAACCCGACCACAUUUUCCCGGGCAGUCGACGGUCUCCUCCUAGGCAGCAAGAAAUUGACGGUGGCGUUCCAGGCUGGCGUCACACGAGCCAUCUCGGCCCCCAAGUUCAGCGGCCAGGCCACAUACCAUGGCACCAGCGUAGGCUUCGUCACCAAGGCCAAGAACGGGCUGCAGGCCGGGGCCAUAUUUGCCGAGGACGUCGCGGUGCACUACACGUACGGACUGGCGGUGCGCUCGCACGACAAGAGCUACUCGGCUGCUUUCGGUGAGCUGCGCCAGAAACUACUGCAGGCGGCGACUGCCAAGACGACGGAAACGACUCCCUAUUCUGAGGCGAGCUAUCUCAGCAAGGUGCUGUCAUCCGAGGCAACGCUAGCCCUGGGUCUCGACAGCGCCGACGGCAUCUCCACGGUCCUGCGCAUCAAGAAGGAGGUUGAGGAGCUGCACUCUGUCAAGCUCAGGCUGGCCAUCAUCGGCGGAGCAGAGGCCUAUCUGCUAGCCGAGGAGCUGGCGGCAGCCGAAGUGGGCGUCAUCCUCUCCCCGCUCCUAUCGGACGGCGACACGUGGGACGCGCGUCGAGCCCUCACGGGGGCGCCGCUCACCAACGGAACGGGUGUCGACGUGCUGCUCGACGCGGGCGUCCGCGUGGCCAUCGGUCUGCACGAGGACUGGCAGGUGCGCGAUCUGGCGUGGUCGGCGGGGACGGCGUACCGCAACGGCGGAGGGAGGCUGGAUGAGAAGGCUGCGCUGGACUUGGUGAGCGAAAAUGUGUUGGAUAUUCUGGGUGCCGACGGAAGGGGGAACAGCCACUUUAUCGUGAGCGAGGGCAGUCCACUAGAGAUUGGAUCUCGUGUUCGGGCCGUCGGAAGUGGUGAUGGGCUUGUCUCAUUAUUCGUGUAA